AUGAAACACAUUGUUUUUACAGGCAAGAAACACAUUGUUUUUACAUGUUUUUACAGGCAAGAAACACAUUGUUUUUAUAGGCAAGAAACACAUUGUUUUUACAGGCAAGAAACACAUUGUUUUUAUAGGCAAGAAACACAUUGUUUUUACAGGCAAGAAACACACAGGCAAGAAACACAUUGUUUUUACAGUCAAGAAACAAAUUGUUUUUAUAGGCAAGAAACACAUUGUUUUUACAGGCAAGAAACACAUUGUUUUUACAGACAAGAAACACAUUGUUUUUAUAGGCAAGAAACACAUUGUUUUUAUAGGCAAGAAACACAUUGUUUUUACAGACAAGAAAAACAUUGUUUUUAUAAGCAAGAAACACAUUGUUUUUACAGGCAGGAAACACAUUGUUUUUACAGACAAGAAACACAUUGUUUUUACAGGCAAGAAACACAUUGUUUUUACAGGCAGGAAACAUAUUGUUUUAGAGGCAAGAAACAGCCAAGUUCAGAUACCCAAUAUCACAAACUUUUUGUGGACAUUUCUUACUUUUUCUCCUAA